UGCGCAUGCGUCGCUUCAUCUCCAAUGAGUGGCUUUUCAGGCGACGAAUCUCAGCCAGGUGGUCUUCACAGUGGGCUAAGGAGAAUGGACGAAGAAGCUAAGUUGAUGAGAAGCAGAGUCAGUGCUCGCGAAUGUCGUGCAAGGAAGAAGAAACGAUACCAGAAACUUGAAUCAAUGGCAGAAUCUAAAGAGAAGAUUGUUUUACAGCUUAGGGAAGAGCUGGAAAAACUGUACGACGAGUGCAAAGCGCUGGAUGUUGCACAUGAGAUCACAAGCUUGAAUGUGGAUAAACGUUUCUCUUCGGAUGUGAAUGACCUACAUGUACCGCUGUGCAACGUACUGCAGUGUGUAACAUUGGACUUGAUGGAAGUCAUCGGAGCAGAUGGUAUGAACAGAUGGUUGUGUGUACAACAUUUGUCAACUUGUCUCCACCGCACUUUUGUUUUUUUGCUUUGUUGACUGGGAAGAGGACGUGAGAUGAUCCACUUUUGUCUGUUGUAAAUUUUUUUAGAAUAAUUAAUUAAUUGUCAUAGGCUACAGUCCGUAUUUAACGUACACGUGACCUUUAUGAACUUCCCCUCAUCCACGUGUUUCUGCUUACGGUGCAUAAGUUUCACUAUUCACGGCCUGCCUAGUCAAGCCCUAGUGUGU